AAAAAAAAAACACUCAUCUAGGUUAGGGGUCGAAUUCCAGAGACGGCGUCUUGUAAUGGGAUAUAAGUGUAUCAAACAGCUCCAGAAUAGGAAUGUGUUUUAGGGUUCAUCAGAAAAGAGGGUUUAUAGGGAAGGAGAUCCGAAAUAGCGACAAGAUUUCCUCAAAAGAACAAGACCAGAACAGGUGAGUCUCUUCCAUGUUUAAUUUCAUAUUCAAAUCUUUGCCUUAUUUUAGGUGCGUUGUUGUAUCAACUUCACCUACCCACAAACUCCAUUUUCUUCAACACUACCCGUUCUCUUCUUCAUCAUCAGCACUCAAAUCCGUAUCUAGCACUGCAAAUCAACACUCAUUCACUGUCGACUACCUCAUAAAAUCAUGUGGGUUUCCUCCAGAAAAGGCUCUGUCGGCCUCCAAACGCAUGAAGUUCGAAACCCCAGACAAACCAGACUCUGUUAUGGCAUUCUUCAGAAACCAUGGAUUCACCGAAACCCAGAUCGCAGUUCUCAUCAGAAAACUCCCUCGGUUACUCUUGUCUGAUCCCGAGAAAACCCUUUUGCCAAAAAUCGAGUUCUUUCACUCUAAAGGUGUUUCAACCGAAGACAUUGUCAAAAUACUGUCUGCAACACCAGCUAUUUUGAGAAGAAGUUUGGAAAACCAUGUCAUCCCAUCGUACAAUUUCUUGAAGGAAUUGCUUAAGUCUGAAGAAAAAACGAAUGCCGCCAUUAAACAACAAAGUAGGCUUUUGUUGUAUGAUCUUCACAUAUCUGUAGCACCCAAUAUUGAAGCUCUGAGGGAAAUAGGUAUGCCCGAAUCGAUUAUUGUGAGUUUCUUCACAAAUCAAUCUAGUGCUUUCAGGGGUAAUGCGGAUAGGUUUAAGGAGAUGGUGGAGGAAGUAAAGAAAAUGGGUUUUAACCCUACAACAAUGAUGUUUGGUGAAGCAAUUCAUGCACUGAGGGCAAUAACUAAAUCAAAUUGGGAAAGGAAGGUGGAGGUUUAUAAGAAGUGGGGUUUUUCUGAGGAUGAUAUUCUGGUGGCUUUUAGGAAGCGACCACGUUUUAUGGUUGUAUCAGAUGAUAAGAUUACGCGGAUAAUGGGUUUUUUUGUCAAUAAAUUGGGUUGGGAGUCUUCAAUCAUUGCAAGGAGGCCAGUGCUUCUUUGCCUGAGCUUGGAGAGGAGGAUCAUUCCAAGGUGUUCGGUUUAUCAAAUUCUGUUGUCGAAAGGUUUGAUUAAGAAGGGUUUUGGCUUGAUUAAGAUGAUGGACUCUCCUGAAAGUUACUUCCUAGAGAAGUUUGUGAAAAAAUAUGAGGAAGAAGCUCCUGAGCUUUUGAAGUUAUAUCAGGACAAGUUGAAUCUUUCAAAUUCUGGCAAUUGAAACUUGAAGCUCAACAACAUGGUGCAUUGAAUUCUCCAGUACUUUUGUAGUGGUUAAGGCUUGGUGUGAUAUGCCAUUGUCUGUUGUCGUCUGGGAGAGCAGUCUAGGUGAUCUUGGUUUUGUUUGACAUACAAUUUCAGAACUAGUUCAAUUUGGGAAAUUAAUGAUUUUGAAUUUCAAUUGUAAUGAUGUAACCAUGUAACUCAGUUUUGUAUUUUUUUAACCAUGAGAUUAUAUAUAUAUAGUUCUUUUGUGCAAGUGUGAAACAA